UCUGCAAACAAAUUUUUAAAAAAAUAACAAAUGAAAACAAAUCUAAAGAGAACACAACACACUGUACAAUUGCCUCAAGAUGGGCCAGUAGAACUAUUUAAACAUAAAUUCUGCCCUCCUUUCUUUUUGGCCGGCAAACUUCUCAAUGACUCUCUGAAGUCAGUCAUCUCAGUCACCAGUCUUUUUUCCAUGGACAGCAUGGCCAAAGCAUUCAGCCUCUCCUGGGUCAUGGUGUUUCGUAAAAAAGUUUUAAUUCUUUUCAAAGUCGAAGAGCACCUCUCAGCUUCUGCGGUUGUCAUGGGUGUGGUGAUGAGGAUCUCCAGGAGAGUGGCAGUCUCUGAAAAGACCUCUUCAAGAUUGUUCUCCAUAAACAGCUAAAACAAGUCCACAGCACCAUGACAGGCUUUGAACUCAUCCUUGCUGUACAGUAGACCAAGCUCUGUCUUCAGCUUGUUUCCAUUGAGUAUGUGGUAAGCCUUCAGAGUGCUGCUGAGACAUUAACAUCAGUGAAACUCGGGUCAAAGAACAACUGGAAAACCAAGGCAUCUCCAUCAACCGAAUACACAGAAUCAUCAGCAGAACCACCCAGCAACUAACCACAUUUCUGAAAAUUCACCUGAUAAACCCUGAUCAGGCCGCUGGCCUUCUCCAUGAGGGCUUCUACAUGGAUCUGUUCCAGUACAGAGUGGAGAAGGCCCGGCCCCCAUCCACCAUCAAACAAUGAUUCAAAUGCCAACAAUUCAACCACAUAUCCGUCAACUGCACCAACCCAGUUGUAUGCCUCAGAUGCAGAGAAAACCAUCACCACCACAAAACCUGCACAAAAGAAAAAAGAAAAAAAAAACAACUAAAAAAAAAAAAACUGUGCUGGUGAACACUCUGCCGCCUCCAAAUCCUGCCCAGUCUACCUGUCACACAUGACCCCAUCAACAAGGAAACUAACAUCCACCAGACAGCCCACCACCAGCAACCCCCGCAGCCAGCACCAUCAUGACACCGACUUCACCCACCUGCGCAACGACUUCAGAAAAGUCAAAGAUGAACUUAAAGAACAAGACAUCUCCAUAGCCUGCAUAAACAAAACACUUCUAUCAAAUCCUCACAAAUUCACAUCCCCUGGUUACAUCAUUAGAAAAGAACGACAGACAGGACAUGGAGAAGGAGUACCUUUCACAUCACUCCAUCAAGCACCUCACCACUGUUUUUAAGUCGGCGGCUGUAUAUAUGCACCCAUGCUCACAUACACACCCACACAUAAAUAAUGUGUGUGUAUAUGUGUGACAUCAAUGCACCCAUACCUCCCCCCGUUUUUCUUCCUAAAUUUUGGGUGGCUAUGGAACAUUUCGUCAGUAGUGUCACCACAGAAUCAUCGAGGGUUUCGGCCGUUUACACACUAGAACCUCUCCUCCAUGGAGGCCAGCUGGGGUGAUCAAAUCCCAGCUAAUGUUCCAGGUUUUUGGAACUGCUUUUGUCUAGUUUAGUAUUUCUUGCCAAUGUUUCGCUAUUUUUUGCGCCGUGUUGGGGGUCCAGUGGACUUUGUCUGCUGUUGUCUGAAAGUCCUUUUGUUGGAGUGAGAUGACAUGCGGGAAUUUUUUGAUUUCUAGAUUGAUGCUUUUGAGCAUGUCUCUCUUUUUUAUCGUGAGUCUAUCACUGUAGUUGAUUAGUGCCGACGAUCGUUGAGAGUCGUCUGAGGUUAAUCUGUUGAUCCUCCUGGGUAUCGAUGAAAGGGCAACAUUAUCAAUCAGAGAUAGGUGGUGCCGCAGACCCCCUCCCCUGUUGAGGGAUAGUUUUUCCACUUUCACAUAGAUGGCUUCUUUUACUCCUCUCUCAAACCUCCCAUUUGUCCUCCCUGACCAAAAUCUUAACAUUGCUGUAUUCAAAGGAGUGUGCCUUUUCCUUUACAUGUGAAUAGACAGCUGAGACUGGACCUGAGGAGUUCGCCCUUCUGUCUUCCUCAGGAAAUGUAUUAUAAUGGAGAGUGAUGGUACUCCCCCCCACCAUCACUCUCCCUCACAGACACACCCACACUUGUCUGAUUGGCUCCUUCACACAGGUGGGCUACGCCCACUGUCCCGCCCACAGUCAGGUAUAAAGGCAGGAGGUAAAUCCACUGCUCCACAUUGUGUUUCUUACAGACACAAUAUUCACAGCUGUACUUGCUGUGAUUUUGAUUGUUGUUGUUUUUUUUUGGCUUGUUGUUUUCUUGCUUGUUGUUUUUUUCUUUUUUUUGCUUGUUGUCUGUUUUUGCUGCAUAGACAAUGGCUGACCAGAAUGAGAAGAGGUAAGACUUUGUUAUUCCUUAUCCCUUGUGUCUUUUACUGGAGGCUUGAAACCUGUACCACUGUUUUCCAUUUGUUUGAUGUCCAUCUUAAUGUGCUGUUAAAAAGAUGACUCAAAAGAUGACUAAACAUUUCUUUCUCAUCAUCCUCCUUCAAAAGGUUGACAAUGUCUCAAGGUUCCUGCGCUACGUGCAGCCCACAGGGGAUGAGCCGACUCUGGAUUUCCUCCAGAAAACCAUAGAGACCAGAGACUACUUUGUCAAACUGGAAGCCACCGCCAUGAGUCCAGCCACAAUCCUCAACUAUAUGAAGAAUAUUAUCAGGUUCCUCGAUUACCUGAAAACGAGAGUGGACCUUGAAUCCAGCAAUCCAGAGCUGCGUCACAGAUGGGAUACUUUUGUCGGCGGGAUGAAGUCUGUCAGGAAGUGCCAGGAGAUUUUGCAAGUUGCAAAAAAAGACUUCCUGAACCUCUAUGGGAAGUUGAUCACCAACCAGCCCAUCACCGAAAAUGAAAAGACCAUGUACGGCUAUUACCUGGAGGCGGUCAUGGUGUUUCAGCAUUUUCAGCGCCCAGGAGCCGUGGAGGGCAUGACUGUGGACGAGUUUGUCAACAGGAAGGAGUGUAACGGCAGGGUAGUUGUUGGGAUCAAGCAACACAAAACGGCAACCAUGCAGGUUGCAGCAUUGGCCUUGACGUUGGAGGAGGAUGCUUGGUUUGAGGCAUACUACCAACAUAUCAGGACUCGCCAUGAGACAGUGUCUUGUCAGUCCUUUUUCAUUGGCAGCACUGGAGCGGCAGUCCACAAGGUCACAAACGACAUUCGUCGACUCCAGGAUAUGUACAAAGUCGACCGUUCGACCAGCCAAGAAGUCCGAAGGGCCGCAGAGACACAGGCGGCCAAAAACUUCACUCCCGCCCAGAAGGAAAAAGUUGCCCGAUACAUGGCACACACCACCCAAGUAGCCGAGGCCCAUUACCGAAUGAUGCUGCCAGAACAAACCGCGGAGACGGCUGAACUGAUGAUGGUCCUGAAUGACCUGUCUCCAGACAAUUCAGAUGGAAGGGGAAAUCUGCCUGAAAAGGUCCUGCCAAAAAGGCAAUUUUCUACCUUUUUGGAGAACUUUCCGGUCACUCUGGAUGGAUCAGCACCACCUGCUAAAAAGAGGAAGGAAGCAGGUUUUCCAGCAGAGGAUCGGUCACUCACCGACAAGUGGCACAAAAUUCAGAGGGACCACAGAGCAGAGUAUUUGCUGUCCAAAUUCAGACAUCGCCAACCGACUCAGCGGCAGUUUGACAGAUGUGUUGAGGGCAUGAAAUGGGAAACAAACAAACCCAAAUAUCCAACUGUGCUGAAGCUGUGGACGCCACCCCAUAAAGAGGACAUCGCCAGCAACAAGCAGCUCAUCCGGAGUGUGAUGACACAGAGGUGGAAGGGCCUCUCCAUCAAAGACUUUGGUGGAGACAAAGGGAAAGGAGUGAUUGUGGACAAACAGAGGCUUCACCCUGCUGGACUCAUGACCUCCACAGCAUCUUCAGGAGGAGAAGAGGGACACCGAGCUUCAAUGCAUGAAAACAGUCAGCGGACAAACAGAGGCUUCACCCUGCUGGACUCAUGACCUCCACAACUUGGACAACCACACCAGGAAGUUGCUGCAUGCAGCAGGUAAUGAUAUUCUUUUUAAAGGUUACUCAUCCCUGUUUCACUUAGCAGUCUCUAUUGUCUUGUUGUGUCUUGCGGUAUGUAAUUUGUAAACAUCAUUAGCCAACGAUCUAACGUGGUUUUAUUCUCUCUGCCCUGCAUACACUACUACUUCCUGCAAACGCACCACUGAUUCUCAAACAUCUGAGCCACAUGCCGGAGAAGCCUGGGAGUUGCUGCAAUGCAACAGGAUGGACAGAGGGAUCUGUGUAUGGAUGCACAAACUUUUCCCUGCUUGUGCCACAAGGACCUGGACACUGUUGGAAGGACAAUCAAUCACUCCUCCAUGAAACCCAACUUGAUUUUUUAAUUAAUUUUUUUUUUUACUUAAACUGAUAUACUCACUGCACCAAUUUUAUUUGUAAUUGUACAGUAUGUGUUCUAUCUGAAAUAAA